AUGGGAAUUUGGUUUGCUGGGUGGUUCGGGAUUAGGGAAGCAAGAAAGAGACGUGGCGUGAGUGCUAAUAGGAUGGCAUCACCUGAGAAUGUGAUUGUGCAUGAGCCGAUUCGAAGGAACUAUACGUUGCGAUCACCACAGGAACAGACAACCGAAGCGAUCAUCUAUGAGAAGCAGUCAAGAGAUCGAUAUUUCAGACGAUCCCCAUCACCACCAAGAAGUUUCGAUGAAUACGAUUACAACUAUAAAUCAUCGAGACUUUGA